GGUUUUGAAAAAUGAAACACAUGACAACCGAGAACAUGGACGAGUUGCUUAUAUAAAUAAGCAGCAGCAGCAGCAGACGUGAAGGUUUUAAUUACUGAUGAGUAGGUAGGUACUUGUGAGGAUAGAGACAAGAGAGAGAGAUGGAGGUGAACCAAAUACUUCACAUGAACAAAGGAGAUGGCAAGACUAGUUAUUCUCAAAACUCCCAAGUGCAGGGCAAAAUAUUAUCGGUUGCAAAGCCAAUCAUUCAUGAAGCCGUGCUAGAAAUAUUGAUCUCAAAUAAUAUAGAGAGCAUGGGGAUUGCCGAUUUGGGUUGCUCAUCUGGACCCAACACCUUUCUGCCCAUCUCCUACAUCAUGGAUGCCAUACAUGCGAAGCGCAGCAGCCUCGGCCUCCAGCUGUCCCCAUCAUCAACAACAGAGUUCAGAGUGUACCUCAAUGACCUCUUCAGCAACGACUUCAACACCAUUUUUAUGUCACUCCCUGCAUUCUACAACAACUUGAAACAAGAGAAAGGUCCUGAAUUUGGUUCGGUCUUUGUUUCUGCCGUGCCCGGUUCGUUUCACGGUAGGUUGUUUCCGGCCAAGACUUUGCAUUUUGUGCACUCUUCUUGUAGUAUCCACUGGCUCUCUCGGGUCCCCCCUGCCCUCAGCAAGACCCCGGCGGAGGCAGCUGGCUCGGCCUUGAACAGGGGAAAGAUCUACAUUUCUAAGACCAGCCCUCAAUGCGUUUUGGACGCAUAUUCACUUCAGUUUCACGAAGACUUUUCAUCGUUUCUUAAGUCCCGCGCUGAAGAAGUAGUUGGCGGAGGACGAAUGGUGUUGUCACUCAUUGGCAGGCCUUCCUCUGAUCCCACAACUCGAGAGAGUUGCGACCACAUAAUAUGUUAUAUAUUUAUAUGCAUAUGGGUGCAGGGUCUUAUUGAAGAGGGAAAGGUUGAUGCCUUCAACAUUCCCUAUUAUGCCCCAUGUGCAGAGGAAUUGAAAUUGGAGGUACAGAAAGAAGGGUCGUUCGUAAUGGACCGUGUGGAGGCGUUUGAAAUUGAUCGGGAUGCUGGUGGUGGUGAAUCUGAUGACAUGGUGGCUAGUGGGCAGCGAGUGGCCAAGAGCAUACGAGUCGUGGCUGAGUCAAUGCUAGAAUCUCAUUUCGGAAAAGAUAUAAUAGAUCAUCUGUUUCAAAAGUACGCAGAGCUCCUGGGGAUUCACUUGUCAAAGUUUAGAACCAAGUAUACCAGUUUGGUCAUUUCAGUCAUCAGAAAGCAAUGAUCUUAUUCAUGUAAUAUAAGAUAAUGGAGAAGUUUAAUUUUCUUUUUAUUCAGUUCACGGUCA